AAGAAAGGCUCCUCCUUAGCUCCUUGCGUCUACCAUGAGUGACCCUAAUUUCUACUCCCAACAAGAAGAAUGGCUCAAAUUCAACAACCCUAAUAUUCCUUCUCCUCCUAACAAUUUGUACUCAUCAACUAAUAAUUAUUAUCAAGUUUAUAACCAAACUCCUCCAUCUCCUCCUUUGAAAGAAGCCCUCCCUCUGCUGAGCUUAUUAAGUCCAAUAAAACAUCAUGAUGAUGAUUGUGACCAAGUAGAAGAAACUUGUUUUAGUGAUGUGGACAAAAAAGGUAGAGAUCAUGAUAACUGUACUAAAGAUGAUGAAGAAGAAGAUGUUACUGUAGCACUUCAUAUAGGUCUACCAAACCCUACUACUGCUGAUCUGGACUCUAUUCUCAGCUCUAAUGAUGCUUCCAUCCCCAUGAAUAUGAUAAACACAACUAAUAGUAGUAGUAGACAGUAUUGGAUUCCCACUCCUUCUCAAAUUCUUAUUGGUCCUACUCAAUUCUCUUGUCCUGUUUGCUUCAAGACCUUCAACAGAUACAAUAACAUGCAAAUGCAUAUGUGGGGGCAUGGGUCUCAAUACAGAAAAGGACCAGAAUCACUGCGGGGAACUCAACCAACCGGGAUGCUUAGGCUUCCUUGCUAUUGCUGCACUCCUGGUUGCAGGAACAACAUUGAUCAUCCAAGAGCAAAGCCAUUGAAAGAUUUCAGAACACUUCAAACACAUUACAAAAGGAAGCAUGGAAUUAAGCCCUUCAUGUGCAGAAAAUGUGGCAAGGCCUUUGCUGUUAGGGGAGACUGGAGAACACAUGAAAAGAACUGUGGUAAGCUUUGGUACUGCAUUUGUGGUUCAGAUUUUAAGCACAAGAGGUCUCUUAAAGAUCAUAUUAAGGCUUUUGGUCAAGGACAUGGACCUUAUGGCAUUCAUAGAUUUGAAGACGAUGAGGAAGACCCUGCAUCUGAAGUUGAAUAACAAAAUUAUCAUGAAUGAUUAUUAUGUGAUCAAGGUGAGUUCAUGUAGGCUAGAAAAUUAAUGGUGAUAUAAUUAAUUAAAAUUAAACCAAACAUUUAGCUUAUAUUGUAUGUAUGUAAAUGUUUUCCUUUUGCUUUUAAGUCAAGCUAGGAUGAUUUAAUUUUAUCUUCCUUGUACUAGCAAUGAUGGCAGUUGAUUUGUAUUCACCUUUAUGAGUAAGUGAUUGCUCGAAUUCU